AUGCUGCCCCACGUAGGCCGUGUGCGUUUGCCGCGCACAGCUCGUGCUUUCAGCACGAGUGUACGUGCCUGUCUUGCUACGCCGCAACAAGAGCGACCUACCCACCCAUCGCGUAUGCCGCGCUACGCGGAGCUGCUCUCACAGCUGGAGCGUGUGCGUCCGCUGCUCGGUGGACGGCCCCUGACGUUGGCCGAAAAGAUACUGUACUCGCAUCUGCUGGAGCCUGAGGCGGAUUUGGAGGGCGUUGGCUCGGAUGCAAGCAAGAUCCGUGGCUCGCGCUACUUAAAGCUGAAAAUUGAUCGCCUUGCAAUGCAGGACGCCUCGGCGCAAAUGGCCCUGCUGCAAUUCAUGACGUGUGGUUUAACACAGGCGGCUGUGCCUGCGAGUGUGCACUGUGACCACUUGAUUCAGGCCUUUGAAGGUGCCGAGGCUGAUCUGAAGCGCUCCUUGUCGACGCACCAUGAAGUGUUUGCGUUCCUUGAGUCGGCGUGCCGUAAGUACGGCAUUGAGUUCUGGCGGCCUGGCAGUGGUAUUAUUCACCAGAUUGUGCUGGAGAACUACGCUGCACCAGGUCUGCUGAUGCUCGGCACAGACUCUCAUACGCCCAAUGCGUCAGGUAUGGGAUGUCUGGCCAUUGGUGUCGGUGGCGCUGAUGCCGUGGAUGCGAUGACGGCUACGCCCUGGGAGCUGCUAGCACCCAAGGCCCUGGGUGUGCACCUCCACGGCGAGCUCUCGCCCUGGUGCUCGGCGAAGGAUGUGAUUCUGCAUCUGGCUGGUCAGCUUACGGUGCGUGGCGGUACUGGGUACAUUGUCGAGUACUUCGGCGAGGGUUUGGCGACGCUGCCUGCGACAGGUCUCGCUACAAUGUCGAACAUGGGAGCGGAGAUUGGCGCGACGACCAGUGCGUUCCCCUACACGGCAGCUAUGGGCCGAUACUUGGAAGCCACAGGCCGUGGCGCCGUGGCGCGGGGUGCAGCGCAAGCGGCGGAAGCCGGUCUGCUAAAGGCUGAUCAAGGCGCAGAGUACGAUCAGGUGAUCGAUAUUGACCUGUCGAAGUUGGAGCCGAGCUUGAAUGGGCCCUUCACGCCGGAUCUCAACGUGCCACUGACGGAGUUUGUGCAGCGCUCGCAGUCCAACGACCCACCGCACCCUGUGGAACUGAGCUCGGCACUGAUUGGCAGCUGCACCAACAGCAGUUAUGCGGACAUGAGCCGUUGUGCCGACCUGGCUCGUCAAGCAACGCAGGCAGGCCUGCAGACCAAGGUGCCGUUUGACGUGACUCCCGGUUCGGAGCAGGUGCGUGCGACAGUGGAGCGAGAUGGUAUCACGCAGACGCUCACUGACGCCGGUGCGCGUGUGCUCGCCAAUGCGUGUGGUCCGUGCAUUGGUCAGUGGAAGCGCACCGACAAACAGGGCGAGUCGAACGUGAUUCUUACGUCGUUCAACCGAAACUUCCGUGGUCGCAAUGACGGGAAUGCGAAGACGCUCAACUUCCUCGCUGCGCCGGAGAUUGUGACCAUGUAUGCAUUUGCAGGUCGCUUGGACUUUGACCCACGUACGGACUCGCUUCCCACGCCGGAUGGCAAGUCAUUCCGCUUUGCGCCGCCGAAGUGGGAAGAGUUGCCGACGCAGGGCUUUGUGCCGGGCGAUGUGAGCUACCUUCCGACGCCCAUGCCGGCGCCGCAGCCAGAGGUCUCGGUGGUCAUUGACCCCCGGAGUGAGCGUCUGGAACCCCUUACGCCGUUUGAGAGCUACUUUGCGCCGGAGGCCGCGGCCAAGGGCGUGUAUGAGCUGCCUUCGAUGCGCUGCCUGCUGCGUAUUCGCGGCAAGUGCACGACGGACCACAUUUCCGCCGCUGGCCCAUGGCUCAAGUACAAGGGCCAUCUGACCAACAUUGCGGAGAACACGCUGAUCGGCGCGAUGAACGACAUGACAGGCGAGGUCAACGAGGCACGUGACUAUAUCGACGAGGCGCCGCGUACGACGACCAUUCCUGCGAUGGCCAAGCGUUGGAAGGCGCGUGACCAGCCGUGGAUGAUUGUGGCGGACCACAACUACGGUGAGGGCAGCGCGCGUGAGCAUGCGGCGCUGCAGCCGCGUUUGUACGGCUGUGCCCUGGUGCUGGCCCGCAGCAUUGCGCGUAUCGCAGAGACGAAUCUGCGUAAGCAGGGUGUCAUGACCCUCCUAUUUGAAAAUGAGGACGACUACCUGAAGAUUGACGGUGGUGAUAUUGUGGAGACGGUGAACCUGAGCGAUCUCAUGCGCCCAGGCGCCGAUCUCUCGACGCAGGUGCGCGUGCGCGUGACCAAGCUCGCUGAGGAUGGCCAGGUGAAGGAACAGUUUGAGAUUCCGACGCGCCAUUCGCUGAGCCCGACCCACCUGUCAUGGAUCCGUGCCGGCUCGGCACUGAACUGCAUUCGCGCGCAAGCGGGUGCGGCGACGUCUGCGCCGAAGGCGGAUGUGAGUGGUACACGUGCCUUCUCGACAUCGACUUCGCGCCGUGCGCCGCCGGCGGUCAACACAGGCAACGACCCACGCUACGAGGUGCUGCGUCAGUUGCUGUUCCCUGCCCCCGCUGGCAAGAAGAAUGCCGGUCCCCGUACCAUGUCAGACGCUCUGGGUCAAGGGGCUGCGUCGCGCGCUGUGUACGAUACGAUUUCGCGCGCGUGGAAGCUGCAUGAGCGCCGACAUAAGGAGGCCUUUGUGCAGUCGCUGAAGACGAAGCGUGCGCGCCUGGACGAGGCCCUGGCCGAUCUCAAGGCGGAGGACGCGUCGCUGUGGAAGCAGGCGCUGCAGUACGCGGGGCCUACGAAGCGCAAUGCGGAAGAGCAAGCGCGAUUGCAGCGUAUGGGUCUCGCUAUGAACGACGCUGCCAAGGAGGGCGAGGCGCCUGGCAGCCGUAUGAUGGCCAAACGCCGUGCGCGUUUGAUGGCGCGCACGCGUCUAGCGACGCUGUUCCCUCGAGAACUUCGCGCGCCGACGAUCACGCCGCCGCUGAAAGGAUGGCCAGCGUACGUCGCGGAUGAAGAGUAG